AUGAACUCUCACAACGAUACAACGCAACGUAUGCGGUCGAAUCUCAUGGAUCAGGCACCAGAUUCCCUCAUACCAUAUGCCUUGGUCACCCUACUGGCCGUGAUGGUGUACUGGUCUCAAUUCACACAACCGAAGGAUUUGCUCAACCCACGAAAAACAUUCGAGUUCAGCAACAUACCGCGACUUAAAAGAUACAUGGAAAAUAGUAACAGUCUCGACACUCUUGCUUCUGGGGCCGCGCGAUUCGUUGGGAAGCCGUAUAGACUGUUCUGCGAAUGGGGAGAGUUGACGAUUCUUCCACCCCAAAUGAUCGACGAGAUCAAGAGCGACAAGAGAUUUGACUUUGGCGCAGCAGCUAGUGAUGACAACCACGCCUACAUCCCCGGAUUUGGUGCUCUCAUGCAUGAUCCCGUCAUGCCAAAGGUCAUCGGACGACACUUGACCAAGGCUUUGGCCAAGCUCACGAGUCCCUUGUCUGAUGAAGCCGCUCUCGUUAUGCAAAGUGUCAUUACUGACUCGACUGAAUGGCAUACUCUCAAUCUUAACGAGCAUAUCUCUACUAUUGUUUCACGUAUGUCCUCACGAGUAUUCAUGGGCGAAGAACUUUGCCGUGAUGAAGGAUGGAAUAACGCCAGCGCGUACUACACUAGGAAAACGUUCGAAGCCAUGAUGAUUCUCUGCGUCAUUCCCCGCUGGCUGCGCCCUUACAUCCACUGGGUUCUCCCCCAAUGUCGAGAGGUGCGACGAGCAUUGACCGCUGCCCGCAAAGAACUAAACCCUCAUAUUGAACGUCGAGAGAGAAUCAAGGCUAAGGCACUAGCCAGAGGCGAGAAACCUCCCUUCGAUGAUGCGAUCGAAUGGUUUGCUCAGUCUGGUUCUGAACUACCGCCUGCUGAUUGCCAAAUUGCGCUGACUCUAGCCGCUAUCCACACUACUACUGAUCUUCUAUCACAAACAAUGGUUAAUAUCGCUACGUAUCCUGAGAUAUUCACAGCUCUUAGGGAAGAAAUUAUACAAGUCCUGUCAGAGCAAGGUCUGAAGAAGACAGCGCUAGCUGAUCUCAAACUGAUGGAUAGCUUCCUGAAAGAGACACAACGGAUGAAACCCAUUCUCAUAGGAUGGAGAAGGCGAGCCCUCGAAGACAUUACGCUAUCAAACGGAACGACUGUCAAGAAAGGUAACAAGGUUGUAGUCACAGCUACCCACAUGUGGAGUGAUGAGAACUACACCAACGCCAAGACAUUCAAUCCUUACCGAUUUGUUCCCAAGGACAACGAACAGAUGUCUUACUUGGUGAACACAAGUCCAAAUCACCUCGGAUUCGGUCACGGCUUGCACUCUUGCCCGGGACGCUGGUUUGCCUCCAACGAAGUCAAGAUCGCACUUUGUCAUUUGCUUCUAAAGUAUGAUUGGAAGCUUGUCGACGGCAAGAGGCCUGAGCCAGUGGCCUUCGGAAUGGCUUAUGUGGCCAACCCAGAAGCAAAACUACUUAUUCGAAGACGGAAGGAGGAGCUUGAUUUGAGUACAUUGGAGUAUUGA